AUGAAAGAUGACUAUGAUGCCUUAAUAAAGAACAAGACCUGGAAGUUGAUACCCUAUAUAGGGAAGGAAAGCAUAGUUGAAUAUGACGUAAUUGUGAGAGGGAAUGAUUCUACAACAAAGGUCAAAUGGUUCAUAAAUGAGUUGAAUGUCAAGUUUGCCUUAAAAGAUAUGGGAGUCCUUCGCUAUUUUCUUGGGGUAGAGGUGAAAAGAUAUGAAACAGUAAUGUUUCUAAGCCAAACAAAGUAUGUUGCUGAUAUACUUAAAAAAUUUAGCAUGUUACAUGCUACUCCCUGUACAACUCCAAUGGUCUCAGGUCGUUCACUCUCUGCUAAUGAUGGAGAAAUGUUAAAGGAUCCCUCUAUCUAUAGGAGUGAAAUUGGAGCUCUCCAGUAUCUUACACAAACUAGACCAGAUAUAGCCUUUUUUGUGAACAAGACAAGCUAUUCAGAUGCUGACUGGGCAGCAUGUCCUGAUGAUAGAAGAUCAGUUGGAGGUUACUGUGUUUUCUUUGGAAAUACACUUUUCUCAUGGAAUUCUAGGAAGCAGCGUGUAGUGUUGAAGUUUAACUUCCCUUAA